CGUGUCUGCGCUCGCUUCCUGCAGAUAGCAAACAGUACAGAAAAUACGUCGUCCCCCAUCCUACAGGACCUCAGUUGUCCAGAUCACAAACCACUGCCCUUCUGGAGUCUUUUCGAGUUUGCGCGCAACAAAUACAAACCUCAAUCAGAUCGCGCAUACCGGCAGGCCGCAUUCCCAGCCACUCUCACGAAUCCUCCUCAGCGCGAUGUCUUUCCUCCUAUCUACCACUAGACGUGCAGGCUUUACCGGCUCUACGCUUGCCAAUCGCACGUUUUCAACAACGCGACCAUCACAACUUGCGCGGAUGACACUGGUCGGUCGGCUAGGCGCAGAUCCAGAGCUAGUGGACGCGGGCAAAACCCAGCUCAUCAGAUAUGUGGUCGGAACGAGCUCAGGCCCCAAGGACAACAGACAGACAUCCUGGUUUCGUGUCGCCAGCUUUGCGCCAGAAGGUCCCCAGAGAGACUAUAUCCUGGGUCUGAGUAAAGGAACACUUGUCUAUCUGGAGGGCGAUGCGACGAUGCGUGUAUACGAGGAUGCGGAUGGCAAGAAACAGAGCGCAUUGAGCCUUGUGCAGACGAAAUUGGAUGUUUUGAAGAGACCAAAUCUCAAAGAAGAUAUCGGAGACGGAGGCAUCACUGGAGUAUGAAAGGUGCCGUUGGCAGGUACCUGGCACUAAAGGCCAUGAAAUGAUGUACAAAAUCAGUGUGAGGCGUUGCUUCGAAAGCUGAAGAUUGGGACCCCAUGUAAUUUCGCCACUCAUGAUCUUUCUUCCCACAGUACAGAAGUGGUUAUGGAGGAAUACCGGGUAUAGCGAUAAUAUCCUCACAAACUUGGAAAUGUCCACAA